AGCCAAAAACAAUGGCUGCUAAACAUGAAUAUAAUAAAUUAAGUCUAGUACAUCUUCCCAGAAAAGAAGUACAUUCCGAAAAAAGAAUUCCGUCGAUUUUAACAAGAACGAUCGCUGUUCUAUUUGUUUUUGCACUUCUUGCACUCGUUUCCAUUGGUUCAGAAGGUGUUCCACAAUUAAGAAAUUCAAGAGAUUUGACAAAAUCUCCAUGCAAGAAACGAGUCGUUGGAUACUAUUCUGAAUGGGAAGGAACUGAGAUAACAAGAAGUCAAUUGGGCAAGCUGACACAUGCUGUUUUUGCUUUUAUUCAUAUGGACUCUGAGGGGAAACUUCAGUUUAAGACAAAUCAGAAGGAGAGGUUUGAGAAAUUAAAGACGGCUGUAAAGAAUGCAAACUCUGACACUAAAGUUAUGAUUUCAAUUGGCGGAGAUCACAACAGUGAAAACUUUGGUUCUGUUUUGUCUGACUCAGAGAAAAAAUCAAUGUUUAUUGAUUCCAUAGCAAGAUUUAUUCGACAGCAUAAAAUCCACGGAGUUGAUAUUUACUGGAAAUGGCUUGGCAAUUCUGAAACUGAGCAUCACGAUUUUCCAUCAUUCUUGAAAGAUCUUAAGGAAAAGUUGAAGACAGUUCGAGACGAUUCAAUCAUAUCAAUUGUGGCCCCACAGGCUAAGAUGGAUCGUCGUCAUGAUGGUUAUAAAUUUGAUGAUUUUAUGGAGUAUAUUGACUUUGUUAAUGUAUUCUCUAUGGAUUACUAUGGACCAUGGCCAAACCAAUGGGGAACUCCUACAGGACCAUCUGCACCGUUGUAUGGAGGAAUCGGAGUAAAGAAACACUUUAACGUGGACUCUACAAUGAAAUACUAUACUUGUAUGACAGAAGAUCCAAGUAAAUUCAAUAUGGUCAUUCCAUUUUAUGUAAGACUCUGGAAAAAUGUGAAGGAACCAAUCUCCAGUGGAACAGAAGUAUUCCGAAGAGCCGAUCUGAAAAAUGGUGCAGCCGUAGGUAACAGUUACAUGUCGCGAUGGACGGUAGAUCAUGAAGGUUGGGAAUUGACACCAGCAUUGUGGGAUGAUGUUACAAAGACUCCUUAUGUCUGGAAUCAGGAAACCGGAAACUUUUUAACUUUUGAAAAUAAGAAAAGUAUUGAAGCUAAACUUGCGUAUGCAAUAGAGCAUAAUUUGGGAGGAGUUUGGAUUCAUUUGGUGGAUAAGGAUAAUGAAAACGAAGAACUUCUGAGAGCAGUUGCAUCAAAAAAAUUUUGUGCAUCAGAAAGUGAAAAUAAAGUGACAUACGACUGUUAAACAAUUUAUAUAUUUUUUUAAAUUUUUUUGUUACAAAAGAAUGAAACU